AUGAGCGUGCGGAGCCUGGGGGUGCUGAGCCUGAGCGUGCGGAGCCUGAGGGAGCUGAGCCCGAGCAUGCUGAGCCUAGGGGUGCUGAGCCUGAGCGUGCUGCGCCUGGAGGUACUUUGUCUUCUGGAGGUCCUUCGGGUUUCUUGUCACGGCGGUAGACACUCUCUCCACCGCAGCUGCGCGAGUGGUUUGCUUGGCGCUGGAGACUUCAGAGUGGCACUUCUAGAGCUGGCGGUGCUGUUGGUGCUGGAGGUGCUACUGGAGCUGGUGCUGUUGGAGGUGCUGGCGCCGCUGGUCCCGGAGGUGCUCGUACUGGAGGUACUGGAGCUGCAGGAGCUGGAGGUGCUGCUGGAGCUGGAGCUGUUGGAGGUGCUGGAGCCGGUGGUCACGGAGGUGCUCGUACUGGAGGUACUGGAGCUGCUGGAGCUGGGGGUGCUGUUGGAGCUGGAGUUGCUGGAGGUACUAGAGCUGCUGGAGCCGCUGGUCCUGGAGGUGCUCGUACUAGAGGUACUGGAGCUGCUGGCACUGGGAGUGCUACUGGAGCUGGAGCCGGAGGUGCUACUGGAGCUAGAGGUGUUGGAGCUGGCGGUGCUGCAGGAGUUGGAGCUGGAGCCACUGCGGCUGGAGCUGGUGGAGGUGCUGGCCCUGGGUGUGCUGGUGCUGUCGGUGCUGGUUCUGGAGUCCCAGCCGCAGUUACAGCCAGCCUCCCCACUACCUGCUCUGUCUCCUUACAGUGAGCAGCCCGGAGGUCUUGCAGAGCGUCGUGAGCCUGCGUCUCGUCCUGUAUCGCCUAUUCGCACUGGUUGUCGUGUUCCGCGCCAGCGUCCUCCUCCUGUCCCCGGCACACACCAGAUGUCACUUCAUCCUUCCUCUAUUCCACUGCGUGUCCCUCUGCCGUCUCCUCCUACGUCCUCCCUUGCUGACGGUCUGGACCCGGAGUCUAACUCCCUUCGUGCUGCUAGUCCUACUGUCACGCGUCUACUUGUUAAGAUGAGAGGAGCCAUGGAUGGCAAGAGAGUUAGGUAG